AACAUGUUCAAGCGCCCCCUGCUGUAUAAUAUCACCACCCACAUGCCAGUCCAACUCCCCUCUCUCGAUCUGUCCCCGCGGAUGAUCUGCGUGUCGCCGAGGUGCGACGGCACACGCAAGGCCGACCCGCAGACGCCGGUCAAGCUGGAGACGGGCCUCGCUACGCCACCCGAGUCACCGAUUGCCACACGCAUCCCCUCGUCGCUGGUACGCACAGCCUCGCUGCCGGGCGGCGUCCACGCGUCCAAGGGAGCAUCCAGGGCGCGCGGCGGCCGCACCGGGGUGCCUGCGCCCGUGCCCUGGGAGCGGUUCAAGCAGCUGGUCGACGCGAAGAACCUGGAGCCGCUGGGCCGCAGCUACGAGUGCCAGGCGCGGUACGAGAAGCACAUGGCGCGGAUGCGGUGCGAGUACGGGUCAGUGGCUAAUUUCCUGAUCAAGCAUGCCUUGGCCGACUUCAUUGCCACCACCAUGGCGCCUGGCUUUGCUAAGAGCGCGCCCAUAGACACCAGUGACUUUUUGUUCCGCGUCAACGACUUCCCGUACUACCUGGCCGAUGGGGUGGAGCACUGGGUUAUGUGGUGCCGCAAGCGCCUGACGCCCGGGUUCGACGCUCCCGAGGCCGCCGUGCAGGCCAUCCAGCUGAGGUUUGGCCAAGACGUCGAAUGGCGGUAUUUCGUCAAUCCCGUCGCCAAGCAGAGUGUGCCGCAGCUCAGCCACGCCCACGUCUUUGUCAAGACUCUAUAAUCACACCUAUAUUACAUUGUUCAUAAUACUUGCCUGCUC